UACUUUGUGUGUGUGUGUGUGUGUGAGUGAGUGAGAGUUGGAGAGUACAGAGGCUGUUCUAGACGUUACAAAAAGUGAAAUCUGGACAACAAAAGUGACAGGACGAAAUCACCCAUACUCACCGAUCCAGUUGCUCCAGAGCUAGAAAGAGGAUUUUCUGUCCAGAUGAGAGAGUGGACGGAGGCUGAGAUGAGCUUUUCAGCUGGGGGGUUUCUCUCCACCUCAGAGAGUUACUGCUCCACAGAGCAGCUCCAAUACUACGACAUGCUGUCCGACCCUCUGGGUUACCCCUUCCAGGACCCUGACCUCCAGCUGCUUCCUUACAGCCAACAGCAGUACCUCCCUCCCAACCUGCCCUUCUCCCACUAUGGUUCUCCACCUUCUUGCUCCCCCUCACCAUCAUCUUCUGCUUCAUCCUCUCAGCUCUGCCACCCUCCGUACCAGUUCAGCCCCCACUUCCCGGAGUCCCCUUGUGAUCCCAGGACAGAGCCCUUCUCUGGGGGCCUGGCCCAGGGUUUUGGCGGAGUGGGACUUCCUCUUAGCCGGAGGUCUCGAGUGGGUUCAGGAGGGAAGAGCAGAGGUCAGGACGAGCUGUGUGUUGUGUGUGGUGACAAAGCAUCAGGGUAUCACUAUAACGCUCUCACCUGUGAGGGAUGUAAAGGCUUUUUCAGGCGUAGCGUGACUAAAAAGGCGGUGUAUCACUGUAAGAGUGGCGGCUGCUGUGAGAUGGACAUGUACAUGAGGAGAAAGUGUCAAGACUGCCGGCUGAGGAAGUGUCGCGCCGUCGGGAUGCUGGCAGAGUGCCUUCUAACAGAGGUGCAGUGUCAAUCUAAACGACUGAGAAAGGGAGGAAAAAGCAGAGGACAGGAGGAAGAGGAGAGCACGGACAGCAGGAGGGUCAGCUCAACCAGCAGGAUACCUGCACAGGUUCUGUCUGCUGGUCUGACACGGGAACAGAAACACAUGGUGGACAGGAUGGUGGAGGCUCAUCACCAGUUCAGAGGUCAAGACCCCAGCUGCCUUAUGCUGUUUGAAUGGCAAAAUACACAGGAAGAUGGUGGGGUCUCGCCUGGUAACGUACCCCCCCACCUACAAAGACUACUGCUGUUUGCCAGGACAGUGCCUGGCUUCGACCUCCUGGAUUUCUCGGACCAGAUCGCUCUCUUGUCCGUCUCCUUGCUGGAGGUCAUGUUCCUGCUCUCAGCUCAGCAGUUCUCCCAAAACCCAGCGAGUCCCAGUCCAGUCUUGCAGAUUUUUAACACAUCGACUCACAGCUGGCCCAGAGAUGUGGAGUCCAAAGAAAACUUCCAGAGCAGGAUGCAGAUCAGCUCAGGAAGCAGAGAGGAUCUUCUGGGGUCUGUGCUCAACUUCCUCCACAGCACGGCAGUGCUGCGUGUGACGGAGGCUGAAUACGCUCUGCUUACCGCCACGGCUCUUCUCUGCUCAGACCGGGCAUCCCUGCAGGCAGCCAGCUGUGUUGAGAAAAUGCAGGAGCUGAUCCUGGACCUGCUGUCCAGAGUGUGCAGGGCUCAUUCUGGAGCAGGACGAGGUGGACCCCAACGGUUCGGUCGUCUGCUCGGUAGACUGACGGAGCUACGGACCCUCCAUCACAACUACCUCCUCCUAACAAGACACCAGCGAGCAUUCAGAUGAAGGAAAAGUUGGAAUUCUUGCUGGAAUUCUGUUUUUAAUCCACACAAAUAGACGGACCUGUAGGAAAACUGCAUUUGUUUUAGAACUUCUGCUUCAGAAAUGUGUUUAAAUCUGGCCAAAGAAAGUUUUUUUAUAUCAGCUCCAACACCCUACCAGAACAUUUAACUGGAGUAUUUUUUUGUAAAAUAAAGCUUUGAGUUCAGAGCACCUAACAACUGGCGUUCACAAGUCAAAUCAAAAAGACGUCUUCUAGAGUUCUCAGUGUAAAACAUUUAGGAUCAGAUAAAAACAAAAAACACCAAAUGUGUUUUUAACAGAAUAUUUAUUUCCCCAAAACAAGGAAAUAGGAGUUAGAGACAAAAUUGGUGAGCAGGUAAAAUAUGACAGCAGUACAAGCUUAUAAAGGUGGACUUUUUCAUUUGAUAAAACCGGGCUCGGGAAAAUAAAUUAAAUAAAAGCAUCAACAGCGAUGGAUAGUACAGUAAAAACAAAUAAGAAGCAAUCUGUCGAAAAUGUUGGCUGCGUGUUUUUUUAAAUAAGAAUUCUCCAUUUAACCAAUAUAACUUUAUUUCUAUAGUUCUGUCUUCAUAAAUAAAUUAUUUCUCUCUGUAUCAAAAAGAGAUUUCAAAUAUAAAGAUCAGUUCAUUGUGUUUGCUGAAACACACACACACACACACACACACACGUACGUCAGAAAUUAUUUCGUCUUCACUAUUCACAGCUUGGCUUCGCCCAGACGGCUGAUUGAAAUACGCAUUAAAAACAGUAACAUUACAUUAAAAUAGGUUUGAUUUUACACACAUAUGUACACAAGCAUAUCAUUAAAAUAUACAAGAAUCUUUCUGUAAGAGAAUAAAAGGUAAAAAAAAAAAAAAGAAAAAGAUAUA